CCCGCCCAUAGUCAGACUCAGGGGCGCGCUUAAACGCUCCACUGUAUCGAUGAAGUUGGUCCAAAGAUGGCGGAUUUCCUGCCGUCCCGGUCCGCUUUAACAGUGUGUUUCCCUAACUGUCUCCUCACCAGCAGCGAGGCAGAGCAGUUGAGGAAAUCUAAAGAGAUCGACAAGUGUAUUUCUCGGGACAAGACGUACGUGACGCGCCUGGUUAAGAUCCUGCUGCUGGGCGCCGGGGAAAGCGGAAAGUCCACUUUCCUCAAGCAGAUGCGCAUCAUACACGGGCAGGACUUCGAUCAACGGGCCAAAGAGGAGUUCCGGGCGACGAUCUAUAGCAAUGUUAUUAAAGGGAUCCGUGUGCUGGUGGACGCCAGGGACAAGUUGCACAUCCCUUGGGAGGAUUCCUCGAACCAGGCGCACGGCGAGACCCUGAUGGCGUUCGACACGCGCGCGGCACUGUCAAGCCAGGCCGGCAUGGAGACGCCGGUCUUCCUGCAGCUGCUGCCCGCUGUGCGCGCCCUCUGGGCAGACGGGGGCAUCCAGAACGCCUACGACCGGCGGCGUGAGUUCCAGCUGGGUGAAUCAGUGAAGUACUUCUUGGACAACUUGGAUAAACUCGGAAAACCAGACUACCUGCCCACGCAGCAGGACAUCCUCCUUGCCCGGCGGCCCACCAAGGGCAUCCAUGAGUAUGACUUUGAGAUCAAGAACGUGCCCUUCAAGAUGGUGGACGUGGGUGGCCAGCGGUCAGAGCGUCGCCGCUGGUUUGAGUGCUUCGAUAGUGUCACCUCCAUCCUCUUCUUGGUGUCGUCCAGCGAGUUUGACCAAGUUCUCAUGGAGGAUCGGCUGACCAACCGGCUGGCUGAAUCACUCAACAUCUUCGAGACCAUCGUCAACAACCGCGUCUUCAGCAACGUCUCCAUCAUCCUCUUCCUCAACAAGACGGACUUGCUGGAGGAGAAGGUUCGGACGGUGGCCAUCAAGGACUACUUUCCUGAGUACGACGGGGAGCCGCACAGCCUGAACGACGUGCAGAAGUUCCUCGUGGAGUGCUUCCGGAACAAGAGGCGGGAGCAGCCCCAGAAGCCCCUCUACCACCACUUCACCACCGCCAUCAACACUGAGAACAUCCGGUUGGUGUUCCGCGACGUCAAGGACACCAUCCUCCAUGAUAACCUCAAGCAGCUCAUGCUGCAGUGAUGCUAUCGAGGACAUUGGGGUUUUAAAUCUUUCUUAGUGACCUUUUUAUGACCGUUUGGAUUUAGGUGGGGAACUUUGGAGUUUGAAAUGCAGGAUGGUUCUGAAUGACUAUUUGAGGUCCUGACACUGACCUCGUGAUGCUCUGUAUGUACAGCAGAGGUAGGGGUGGUUGGGGCAGUGAGUUUUAAAGGUUUUUGCUAGGCCUCUUGUGAUUCCAUUUUUUUUUUCGUCUCUGGUCAUAGUGCCACAACCCAUGCAGCCGAGAAAACGGUUUCUUUUACGUAUACUAACAUGCGGGACUCUCGAGCCGCCUCACGUCGGAGGCGGAACUGAAAGUGCUCGAGCUGGGCGUCGGCGCCCCCUAUCUUUCGGGUGUCUUACUAGCUCAGGGUGACGAUUUUCCUGCCCCACCCCCACCUGGUUGGCCUUGGUCUUUUACCUUUUAUUUUUCUAAUCAGUCAUUUACAGAUUCUUAAAUGAUUUUUGUUUCCAUUUUAUAUAUAAUUACAUGUAUUUUGUAUGCGAUUUGCUAAAUUAUAUUUUAGAGGUUU